CGUAGGACAAAAACAAAAUUAAGAAGAAAACUCGAAAAGUAUGUGCCAAAACAGAGAUAUUAUUAUUAAUUUAUAGUCCUGAAAUUCUUAUAUUUGAGAGAGGGCAGUUGGUGAAUGUGGAGCUUUCAAAGCCAACCUCUAGGAGGCGAAGGAUCCGAUGCACAAAAAUCUAAGAACUCUUUCUCUUUAUAACCUAUUGCCUGCUGAAGACUGUUUCUUCCUCAUUUUUCCCUGGCUCUCACCAAAAGUGUAGAAAAAAACAAUGAAAGAAAAUCUAAAAUAAUAGAGUUCAUGGGAAAAAAGCUGUGAUUUGACGAUUAUAUUCCAUUCUUUCUCUACCUCAAUAUUUCCUUCUCGUUUUCUUGUUGUUUGAUCUUCAUGUACGCAGAAUUCAGCCAGAUUUCCCUUCUCAGCAUGUCGAAUUCAGAGUUGUUCCUCGUUAAAGGUGAUGAAGAAGGGAUGGAAUUUGAUAUUCUGAAACGACCCGCUUUGGAGUUUCAGGAGGAGUGUCAAGCUACAGCUACUUCUUCUUCACAUGAUAGGCCUGGUGAUCAUCAAGAACGAGAUGCACUUGGAGAUCAUGAAGAGAAAAAAGGAGGAGAAAGAAACGUUACAGCUUCAAAUGAGAGAGAAAAGAAGAAGAAUAUUUCUUUAGGAGAAUUCAAGGCAACCGAUGAUGAUGAUUAUGGGUUCAAAACUCCAACAACUUUGGAUCAGAAAAUCCCAGUGAUGAAACAAUGCCCACCUGCACCAAAAAAACCAAAGCCACUCCCAUCGAAUAAGAGAAAAGCGUCGACCCCAAGUAGUGGUGGUGCAGCGAAUCUGCAACUCGAUCUUUCGCAACAGGUCGAGUCCUUGUUUCCCAGGCCUCUUAUAGCUGAUUUACACCGCAAGGUCAAGAAAGCUCGAACAAAAGAGAAGCUAUGAUGGUUUCACCAACUUAUAUUAAAUUGCUAGUAGUACUAAUUAAUCUAGCGUUGGUAACAAAAAUUUUUUUGUAUUCAUAUAAAAAAUCACAUAUAUCUGCUUCUUUAUUUGUUUUUAUUCUUCUUUCGAUUGUUCCAUUUUCUUAUUCUAUUGGUUAAUUCCAUUAUUCCAUCAUGGUGGAAUUGGUCUAAGGAAACUUAUGAUAUAAUGUUGCUGUAAAGUUAAAGUAUGGAAAGAUGACAAUAAGAAAAGUACAGACCAAGAAAAAGAGAUAUUGGUUAUGCAUAUAUAGAAGAGUUCCAAUAUUUUAUUUGCAGGAACCCCAUCUUCUUUUGUAUUCAAUGAUCAAGAUGUUAUGCUCCUUUAAAGAAGAGCUAGAAUUUGUUCCUAGACUUGGAAUAGAACAGAA